AUGAUCGCGACCAUCGUGUUUGCUGGUUUCGUGGUCGUGGUGCUUGGCUGUCUGUACAUCACAAAUACGCCAGUCAAGGUACCUGCUGGCGCACAGUUACCAGACGGGCCGGCGGGAAAGGCUAUCCUUGGUAAUUUGCUCGACAUACCUCCUGCCCACAGCUGGUUGAAAUUUCAGGAGUGGAGCAAGACAUAUGGGCCUCUAUACCGACUGAAUAUCGCGGGUCGAAAUCACAUUGUUGUAUCAACUGAGGAGAUUGCGAAUGACUUGCUUCGAGAACGAGGAACGAUCUACAGCGAUCGUGAACAGCUGCCGAUGGCAGCGCAACUAUUGAGCGAUAACCUGAGACCACUUUUUCUUCCUUAUGGUCCGAUCUGGCGCAAUGUUCGCAGAUUGAUGCAUAACGUCGCGAACGUGAACGUCGCGACGAGUUAUGAGCCUGUACAGGAGGAAGAGAGUCUUCGUAUGCUCUGGGACCUUGUCAGACAACCUGAAAAAUAUGAGACUUGGUUUGAGCGCUACUCAUCUGGACUCAUUAUGAGGCUAGCAUACUCGAAGCCCGUGGUUACUGGCGGAGAAUCAUAUGUCAAACGCAUACUCGAUGUUGUCCAUACUGUUGAACGGGUGGCUAGUCCUGGUGCGUACCUAGUUGACACGAUCCCUGCUCUCAUGCGUUUACCAUUGUCUCUGGCUCCUUUCAAACGUGAAGGCGCAAAACUUCACCAAGAGGAGCUUAAUCUGUUCACAGAGUUGUUGACGGAAGGAGUUUAUAAUAGCCAGAAAGAUUCUGGUAAGGACAACUUCUGUGGUAAGUGGUACAACAAUAAGGAGACCUACAAUAUUAGUGAUGCCCAUGCUGCUUAUGCGAUUGGAACGCUCUUUGAGGCUGGUGCUGGUACCACGGCAGCCGCGAUGAUGAGUUUCAUGCUUGCAAUGACGCUGCACUUGGAUGAGUUCGUGGAGUUGCAGGCAGAAGUCGACAAAGUCGUCGGCUCAGAUCGCCUGCCAUCGUUCAGUGACAUACCUGAUCUUCCACGAGUUCGCGCCGUGGCCAAAGAGACAUUGAGAUGGCGUCCAGUGACGGCUGGUGGACUUCCACACCAAUUAACUAAAGAUGACGUAUACAAGAUGGAAGAUGGUCGUCCGCUCUUCAUGCCAGCAGGUACUAAUAUACACCCUGUUCAAUGGACGAUCCACAGGGAGCCGAAAAGAUAUCCUGAUGCGGACAGCUUCCGACCUGAGCGAUGGCUUGAUAGUAAGUGGCCGACGUAUCGAGAACCUCUCAGCGAGUACCCCAAUUUACAGAAUUUCAGUGCUUUCGGUUUUGGAAGAAGGAUAUGUCCAGGUCUGAAUAUCGCCGAGCGCUCCUUGUACAUUCAGAUCGCUAGAAUUGCCUGGGGCUGUAAUUUGUCAAGGAAGAAGACAGCUGAAGGAAUCGACAUCAUACCGCCAUCGUACGAUUACGUUGCUGGCUUCAAUACACAACCAAAACCAUUCGAUUUUGCACUUACGGAACGUCAAGAUCGCCAGCUCACACUGGCCGACAACUACAACCUCGUAUGGAGUAGGCAGUAG